UCCAACAUUCAUGAGUUAUUGAACUUCAGCAUGCCAUACAAAAAGAGAAAAAAUGAGGGAUCGAAACGAGAAGACAGCGAAGUCAGGAUUAUGUUGACUGAUAUCAAACAAAGGAGUACAGAAUUGGAAAGACCAUCAAAGAGGCAAAAGAGAGGAGUAAAGAAGGCUGAACAAAAUGAAGCUGGUAAUCAAGGACAGUCCCAGAAGGGAAAUACAGGAGAACAGAAAGCUGAAAAAAAGAAUGAAAAAGGUGGAAAGGAAAUACCUUCAAAGAGACAAAAGAGAGGAGCACAGAAAGCUGACGAAAAAGAAAAUGCAGCUGAUAAUCAUAGAAAGCCACAGACAGAAAAUAUAGGAGAGCAGAGAGCUGAAGAUAAGUGUGUUGAAGUUGAAAGUCAAAGUCAAUCAGAGAGUCAAAAGAGAGAACAGAAGACUACAGAAAAUGAAGAUGAAGGUGAUUCGAAGUUAUGUUAUGAUUCCUGGGAGGAAGAAAUGUUGCAGCUUGCAAAAGAAGCCCAGCAAAAGCUUUCGCCAGCAGAAAGAGAUGCUUCCUGCAAUGAUUGGCCAGUUAUGGUUCCUGGUAGACUAAGCCUAACAGGAAAAAAGAAGUUCUAUGACGUUAGUAGGGAGGAAGUAAAAAGGCGAGUUGGAUCUCCUGAAAACCUUUCAUCGACUAUGGUCUGUCAGUUGUUAAAGAGGAGCAGAUCAGUGGCAAAUAUUCCACCAGGAAUUGUUAUAAGAAAGAACAUCAAGACUUCUAUAAGCUUAUUUUCAGGCCUUACAGAAGGAGAGGCAAAAGACUUGGCUGAUGAUUUCAGCAACAUUGUUGAAAAGAGCGAAAUCUUUUCAAGGCUUAGUAAAAUUUGCUCAUCAAGAAAAGAAGCUAAUGAAGUUCGAGAUGUUCUACUUAAAGCUGUUGACGUAUUAGAAAAUAUUGGAGACCUAGAAGAGGGAAGCAGACUUACUCAUGGUUUUAUGAAACCAGCUUUAACUUUUGUUGUUAAAGAGUUGGCAAAACACAUAGAUUAAUUUUUAUACGACCGCAAAAGUAAUUUUUUUGGGUCGUAUAUUGGUAUCACGUCGUCGUCGUCGUCGUCAGCGCCGUGCGAAGACAGAUGGUUUCCGGAUAAUAACUUUUAUAUAAGUAAAUAGAAAUCAAUAUAAUUUUAACACAAUGUUUAUAACCACAAAAGGAAGGUUGGGAUUGAUUUUGGGGUUAUGGUCCCAAAGGUUUAGGAAUAAGGGGCCCAAAGGGGCCCAAAACAAGCAUUUAUCUAAUUUUAGGACAAUAACUUGUGUAUAAGUAAUUCAAUUGCUCUGAAAUUGUACCACAAUGUUUAAUACCAUAAGUAGAAGGUUGGGAUUUAAUUUAAGGGUUAUGGAGCAAAUAGUCUAGGAAUUAAGGGCCAAAAAGGGCCCAAAAACAUGCAUUUUUCUAGUUUCCGCACAAUAACUUGUGUGUAACUGUAUGGACCUCUCUGACAUUUUACUACAAGGUUCAAUAUAACAAAGGAAAGCCUGGGAUUGAGUUUGGGGUUAAUUUCCCCGAACAUGUAGGAAUGAGGGGCCAAAAAAGGGCCAAAAAGAAGCAUUUUUCUAGUUUACAGACAAUAACUUGUGUUUAAGUGUAUGGAUCUCUCUAAAAUUAUACUACAAGGUUUCUUUCUACAAAGGAAAGGCUGGAAUUGAAUUUUGGGGUUCUUGCUCCAAGGGGGGUUUCAAAAAGUUGGGGCCAAAAAGGGGCCCAAAUAAGCAUUUUUGUAGUUUCCAGUCAAUAACUUGUGUUUAAGUGUAUAAAUCUCUCUGAAAUUGUACGACAAGUUUCCAUACUACCAAGGAAUGGUUAUGGGGGGUUAUGCUUCAAAUCAUUUAGCAAUUAGGAGCAAAAAGAAGGAAAAACAAGGGUUUUUCUGGUUAAAGGACAAUUUAGACAAUUUAAAAGCAGUGUAAGGGAGGUAAUCCAAUUCCAUUUAAAGAAUACUGUUAUAUAUAUGUUUGAUUACACUGCUUGCAAAUUAUGUAUUAAGGAAUGAUAUUGUCUUGAGAUGAUUAGCUGUAAUCUUUUUUUAGAAGUUACUAUUAAUUAAUAUUAAUUUUAACCAUGACUGUAUGUCAUUUCAUAUUUCAAUAUGUUAUGAUAUAUUUAAAUGAGUAGUUAUUGUUGCAAACUCCAUUAGAAAUUUGAAUGGAGAUUAUUUUUGGAACAAGGGAA